GGAGUCUGACUAGUAUUAUUAUUACUGAUUCAAAAUCAUUCAACGUCGCUAGUUUCGUCUCUUCGGCCACAUUGAUCUCCGAGAUGACCAGAUACUGAUAGCAAACCCCCUGCGGCCAAGGCUUCUUCCUCCACUUUCCUCCCCUCCCCCCGCUUGUUACCAAAGAAUUUUCUCCCCCUCGGCUACUAUUUAUUCUCUCUUUCAAUCCCCUCGUCGUUCGGAAAUGGCGAUCUAGGGGGUAUCCCUUUUUUUCGGAUAGAUCCUCGCCCGUCAGUCCACUCCUUCGAUAAUGGACCAUUGAACAGCAUGGGGCACCCCAAGCUGCGACAGCCCCGAACGCCAUUAUCGCCUCACAGGAUGUCCACCACCUCCGUCCUCGAUGGCUUCUCUCUCCUGCCCAUGACUCCUCCAGAUCUGGUGGAUGGACUGCCAUCCAUGCACCAGGAUGCCGCUGCGGUUACAACAGCCAUUCAUGUCAUAUCCACAGAGCGUGCGGCCCUCGCCAACCUGGAGCAGAUCUACCAGACGGACCGGCUAGCGCAGGAGAACCUUGCGCGGGCCGUCAGUCAGAUCGUCCGCACCGUCCGAAAUGGCGGGAAAUUGGUCGUCUGCGGCGUGGGCAAGAGCGGCAAGAUCGGACAGAAGCUGGAGGCGACGAUGAACAGUAUGGGUAUUCACAGCGCAUUUUUACAUCCGACGGAAGCAUUGCAUGGCGAUCUGGGAAUGAUUCGACCGCAUGAUACCCUUUUGGUGAUUUCGUUUUCCGGCCGCACGCCGGAGCUUCUGCUUCUGCUGCCGCAUAUUCCCUCAACUGUACCCGUUAUUGCCAUCACGUCGCAUAUGCAUCCGGAUACCUGUCCGAUCCUGUCCUUUCAUUCAUCCGACACGGGUAUCCUCCUCCCCGCUCCGAUCCACGAGGAUGAAGAGUCCUCGCUCGGUGUCCGCGCUCCGACUUCGUCGACGACAGUAGCGCUGGCGUUGGGAGACGCAUUGGCUAUCGCCACAGCACGACGACUACAUAAUACACCCGGUAGAGGUCCUGCGGAGGUCUUCAAGAGUUUCCAUCCCGGCGGCGCGAUCGGAGCCGCCUCCGCCGCGGCCGUCCUGACACCCUCUAGCAUGUCGACUACCUCCAUCUCAUCAGACUAUAUUCAGAGCGGAUCAACCGCCUCCUCAGAGAUCGUCUCAUUCCCGAGACCGGCUAGCCGCCAACGACAACGCCUUAUCACAGACUUAAUCGUGCCCCUAGACCAGAUCCCCACCGUCUCCGCAGCUGACGAGGUCCGUCUUCUCGACGUCUUGCUCACAGCAAUCCAGCACCCCAACGCCAAGUCAUGGGUUGCCCUCUCCCUGUCGGAGCUCAUCCCACCAAGCCAUAUCCGCUCCCUCUCGCAGAGUAGUAACAUCGACAUGAGCGCUUCCGCCCUGGCUGCCCUGGGUCUCCCUUUCUCCGUAACCCGGAGUGACUGGCUUCGUGUCCCGGGCGCCAGCACGGUCGAUGAAGUCCGCCGUCGUAUCGCGAAAGCCAACUCUGCAUGCGGUUCCCGCGUGAAGGUAGUUGCCAUGAUGCACGACGCGAAUCCCGAGGAGUGUAUUGGCGUUGUAGAGGCGGAGGAAGUGUGGGGUGACUGUGGUUGAAUUGUUUCUCAUUCCACUUACCACUCUUAUGAACGGGAACUUGUAUACGUACAUAUAGAUGAUCUUAAUGACUUGAAUGCCAGCUGAUGUAUUUGCUUCCUAUCAAUUAUGCAAGACGCUGCUCUAUAAAUUCCUUUGGUGGAAUUGUCUUGUUUUAUGCAUAUCACCGACUAUUAUGCUUGUGCUUACAUGCUAAAAAUCCUAAAUCAAAG